AUGAUGAACCUAAAUGAAGACACAGACAUUAACAAACUGAUUGAGGAAAGGAACGAAUGGGUAAAGAAGUAUGAAUCCGCUGAGUCCGAAUGUGCAACCUUGAGGGAAAAGUUGGACAGGGUCACUUUGAACAGUCCUGACAAAAAUGAGCAGUUGCAUGGGAACGAUGCCAUCCAGAGGGACAUUUCGAUGAAGUACAAAUAUAUGCAAAACCAAUGCGAAUUCCUGAGCGUCCAACUGAACAUCCUCACCCUGGAGAAAGAUAAAGAGGCGAAGAAAAACCAAGACCUGCAAUCUACAAUCGAUAAGCAGAAAAACGAAAUAAAGGGGUACCAGAAAAUUCUUGAAAAAGUAAAAAAUAUGAACAUCUCCUUCAGAAAAGAAAAAAACGAAACUGAAAAAAAAAUCUGUACCAUUAGAGAUAGCGACUUAUUAACCAGGAACGACAACGUCAUGCUCAAAGAAAUGGUAAAAAUAAAUGACAAGCUGAUAGAAGUGAAUGAAAAAAUAAGAGACAACGUUGAGGAUGAGCUCAACAAGGUCAAAACUAAACUGUCCGUGGCCCAUGACAAAAUAGGGCGGUUCUCCGAGGCAGUCAAUGAUAUGAAGGAGAAUUUUAUAAAAUACAAAAAGAGGAAAGAAAAUAUUUUGCUAAAAAUACUAACAGACAAUGAACAGUUAAAAAAAGAAUUGUGGGAAAAAAAAAUAACCGAGCAACGCAACAUAGAGUGGAACAACCAGUUGGAGCAGUACAUCACAGCCAAUGUUCUGCUGAAUUUUUACGAGGCCAAAUACAAAAUGAGCGACUUCGUCCUACACACUGUGUUGAGGUAUGUUAGCUCGAUGGUUAGUUGGGAUCCUGUCCGCGGUGGAAAAGCCGCUGAAUUGGAAACGGCCAAUGAAGGGGAUGCAAAUUACUCCAUAUUGAAGACCCUCCUGACAGUGCCUAUGGGGGGCAAAAAAAAAAUAAAAACGGGAUGGCGCUCUGAAAACGAAAUAUACGACGAGCAAAUGAACACCCUCAAGAGGGAUCUCCUUGCGGGGAAUUUCCCACAGAGGCACCAAAAAAGGAACAAACAGGAUCCUCCCACCAAGGCAGAAAUUUCGGAAGAACAAGAAAAACAAGAUGGCCAAUCCCUGGAACCAUUCAUACGUACCAACCCGGACACAUCAAACGUAGUAAACGAUAUAUACUACCACAUAAAGCUCGUGAAUGACAUUUUAGAGACAGUCAACGGAACGCUGAUUUUGCUUGUGUACACGCACGAGACUUACUUAAAGCAGCCACUUAACCACAUCCACCAGGAGGAAUACAUCCAAAUGCAAGAAAAGGGAAACCUACGAUUUGGUGCCUACUUUUUUACCUCUCUCUCGAGCUUUCUCUUAUCCGUCUUGAAAUACGUCAAUGUAGUUAGAGGCACAGAUAGACACGCUCAUCUCGCACUACUACAGGAGGAGCAGCUAUUUAGAUUGUUCUGUUUAUGCAAAUAUGUACAGGAGGAGUACGUCGAAAAGAUAAGAAUUAAACUGUUCACGUCGACGAUUGAUUACCACGUAUUAGAUGUGCUGAGCGAUAAGUUAAGGGGCAUCUAUGACGAGGUCUUUCCCCACGCGGUGCGGGGAAACACCCAGGGGGGGGAAAAAGAAAAAGAAGAAAAAGAAGACGAAAAAGAAGACCAAGAAGAAAAAGAAGGCGAAAAAGAAGAAGGCAAAGAAGGCGAAAAAGAAGACGGCGAAGAAGAAAAGGGAGAUACCCCAGAUGGCGACUCCCCCCAGAAGGGUCGCUUCUACGAGGAGUCUGCCGGGGAAACCACCUCGCUUGACGUACUGGGCCACUUAAAUCUCGCCACGGGGUUGAGCAUCAUGUUAAUGAUUGACCAGGAUGUCUACUGUGAUGUGUUCCCCGAUACGGACGUCAACCGGCAGAAGGAAAUAAUAACGAAAUGCCAACAGCUCCUCAAAUUAGUGAAGGCACCUCUCAAAAUUAGCAAUUUUUAUUUCCCAGUAAAGAGGUAUAAAUUUUCUUUUAAAAAUUUUAUUAGGCACUGUGAAAGGUACCAAAAGGUGGUAAUGAGCAGUACGAACGGAGCAAAUUCCACACAUCGGGGUACCAACAAUGAAUACACAAUCAACCAAGUGAGUGUCUCCAUGUUGGACGAACUGAACAGUAUACUUGAUGAUGUCACUAGGGUCUACUCCAUCGACGCUCAGGAACCAGGGGAUCCAUACAUACUACAAAUGUGCAGCAAACUGGUAGAGUUUUACCGAGACGAUGUAGCAGGAAGGGGGAAACACAGUAAAGAGAAACAGAGAGAUACGGAUCUAAAACGAGAUGAACUCAUAACACAGUUACAAGAAGAAGCUACACUGAACAGAGACAAAAUAAAUGCACUCAACAAACAGCUCAACAUACUUACCAUAAGGGAAGAAAAAUACAACAAAAUCAACAUCGAAUUGAGUGUUCUAAAGAAGGAAAAAAAUGAGUAUCUAAAUCUAAUCAGGGAGCUACGAGAAAGCAAAAAUGAAAACCUAAGUGAAAUUUCGCAUCUCACAAAAUACUAUCAUGAUGUUAAGAAGAAGUAUAACGACAUGUUGAAAAAUUAUGAACACAGAAAAAAAUUUUAUGGAACCCAAAAACAAAUGGAAAUGGAACCAUCCAAUAUUGACAUCUACUACAUGAAGAAAAUUAUAAAUAAUCUCUACUACGAGAAUUUUUUGACCAAGGUGGGUACACACUACCGUUUGUUUGGACAAUCAGGCUAUCCCUACGAUGAGACCUUCUGCUCCUCUUUUUCCCCAAUCGGUGCUGGUAGGAAAACUCCCUUUGGGCCCACGCCACACCUACCGCUAUGCACACAUGACGAAGGGGAUAGCAUAUCUUCCUUAACAAACAAAAUGGGCCUCAACCGAAAGCGAUCUUCGACAUACGACACUUGCUUCACGAAGGAGAAGCACGCCACCCUGUACGACGAUAUAUACAACUGCGAAAUAAUCAAAGGCAGAAUUAACCGUGCCAAAAAAAAGGGGUACUUUAAGAAUAGACUCUACCGUACCAAUACCACAUUGCAGCAAAUACCCCCAUGUCACAAAGAAAAAAAAAACACACAACACAUAAUUGAUAUCAUUGACAUAGUAGAAGAAUAUAAAAAUUUAAAAAAUGAAAUUUUCUCCCAAAUGGUGAACACUUCAAUUGGGACUAAUUGCAUCCUGAGGGGGGGGAAAAAAAAGGAACAACAAAAUUGGGCACACUUGUCGGAAAAGGUGGCUCAACUAAAAUAUGCGAUAAGAAAAUUUCAUGCCGACAACAAGGGGUCAGGGUUAAAUGGGGGUCUUCCUCCCUCCGCCCGAAAUGUCCUCACCAUAACGUUUCGGGACAGGUCGCACAGUUCCCACGUCGGGGACACUCCGGGUGAUCACACAACCACGGGUGGGCCGAACGCCACAGGUGGGCAGAACGCCACACGUGGGCAUCUCACCACAGAUGGGCACAACGCAACUGAAGGCAAAGCACAGCAAAGCUGCAACAAUGUCAUACUCACCGAGCAGUCCUUUUCCUACCUCCUCCACAAUAUGUUCGAUUUGUGA